AUGGUCAACCAGCAGCAACCCCUUGUCAACCUCAACGCGACCCCCGCCCAUCCUCAGCAGGCUGCCGCGGCGCCGCCUCACGCCCCAGGCCGGGAGAAUAUCCAACCGAUCCCCACUACCCACGCCCCGCCCCCUCGGCCGACCCUCUCUCCGACCACACUGGGAACUCAUAACGGCCAGCUCAGUCGACACGCCCACUACCAGGUCAGCGAACAGACGUUCGCAGAGCUAGCAGAACCGUUCCCGCCCUGCCACCCCUCCUCACCCUUCGUUGGUCCCCCGGCCGACCCUUGGCAGUCACAGCGGCACAACCCCCUUCUAUCCACACACGCGAUGGCUCAACAGCGACAGUCCGCCUUGAACCUCUUCGCCCCUGCGGCUCACCCGGCCGCCGUCGCUGCCCCCACCCCCGAGGUCGGGAGAAUAGGCCCCCCAACCCACGCCCUUCCACCCCUCCUCCCCCUUCGUUGGUCCCCCGGCCGACCCUAG